AUGUACAUUAGGCAAGCAAUCUGCAAAUUAAAUAAAAUGUGUAGGCACAAAAGUGCGUUUUCAACACGAACAAAAUCAAACGAAACAAAUAUAAUAAAAUCGAAAUCGGCUGAUAUUCUAAUCCCUAAUCAACUAAUUCAUGAGUACAUGUGGGAACAUUUAGAUAAGUGGUAUGACAAAACCGCUGUGAUUUGUUUUGAUACAACGAAAUCUUACACUUUUGGUGAAAUUUACCACAAAAGCGUUGCUUUAGCUGGAGUUUUGCGUAAUAAAUUCCAAGUGAAUAAAGGAGACACUGUCGCCGUUGUACUACCAAAUGUACCAGACUUUCCUAUCGUUUUCUUAGGAACAAUUCAAGCUGGGCUUGUGGUCACUACAGUAAACCCUUAUUACACCCCAGAUGAAAUGGCCGCCCAACUCGCCGAUUCAGACUCGAAACUAAUUUUUACGACCAACGAACUCAUGCCAGUAAUAAAUAAAUGUACAAAAAUACUUAGGAGAUCAAUUCCGACCGUUUUUGAGAGCGAUAAUGUACCAAAUGAGUGUAUUAAAUUAAGCGAAUUGUGUGAUACUAGAAACAGUGAAAUAGCAGACUUUUUGAACCCUGAUGACGUUGCCCUUUUGCCCUACUCCAGCGGGACCACAGGUCUGUCUAAAGGAGUGCAACUUACUCACAAAAACGUCGUUUCGAAUUUAUACCAAAUGUCGUCGCCCGAUUUCGUCGUCAAUUUGGAGACUCGGGGCAAUUUCCAGGACGUAAUCCCAGUUUUCCUCCCUCUUUUCCACAUCUACGGAAUGGUAGGAAUUUUCCUCAAUUUCUUCGCCAAAGGUUGCAAACUGAUAAUGGUACCAACGUUCGUUGGGCCCCAAUUUAUCAAAAUCUUGCAGUUGUACCAACCAACUUUACUAUUCGCGGUCCCUCAAAUGAGUAAGAAUUUUUUUCGUUACCAAAUUUUCCUUCAUCGAUUUUUUCUAGUUGUUACAAUCUUGAACAACCCUAAAAUAAAAUACGACAAUUUGAAAAGUAUCCGAACGAUUAUUUCGGCUGCGGCCCCUCUUGGGGCAUCGGCAGUCGACGAGUUUAACAAAAAAUGCAAAAAUCGGAUUAAUUUGUUACAAAUGUACGGAAUGACCGAAACGUCGCCCUUGACGCUCAUGCAAACGGCAAAACUGCAAAACGGGGCGAAAGUCGGAGGCAGCGGCUUUGUAAUACCAAACACCGAAGUUAAAAUUAUUUCAAUCAGCGACAACUCUACCGCUUUAGGGCCAAACCAAUCCGGCGAGUUGGUAGUAAGAGGGCCACAAAACAUGAAGGGCUACCACAACAAUCCCACAGCGACGAAAAAAACCAUUCGAAACAAUUGGUUGCGGACUGGUGACAUCAGCUACUACGAUGAAGACCAACAUUUUUUUAUCACCGAUAGACUGAAAGAAUUGAUCAAAGUGAAAGGGUUUCAAGUAGCUCCAGCUGAGCUUGAGGAGAUCCUCAAAAGCCACCCAAGUGUUGAAGAUGCCGCUGUUGUGGGAAUCCCCCAUCCCGUGCAAGGGGAAGCCCCUAAAGCGUUCGUGGUCUUAAAGAAAGAAGUGAGACCAGAACUUUUGAAAGAAUUUGUUGCCUUAAAAGUCGCCAAUUAUAAAAGACUAGUGGGGGGAGUGGUAGUUCUGAAAAGAAUUCCCCGAAAUUGCGCGGGGAAAGUACUCAGAAAUGAAUUGAGGAAACUGAGCAAUAAAUAAUUACCUGUUUGUUUAA